GCUCCAGGGGCAGAGAGAAAGUCCUGGCGGUGCGAGGGCCUCUCCCAUGUGCGGUCUGCCCCCUCUGCCCCGUGUAGCCCACUCUCAACAGCUUCAUGGGCCUGGGCCAGGCCGCCUGGAAGGAGGCGCGAGCAUUCUUGCAGAACUUGCUGUCCGCCAGCCACGCCAGGCUGCGAGACGACACGGAGCUUCGGAGACGUGCGUUCACUGCCCAGGAUUCUGCUGUGAUGCACCUACCGGCCACCAUAGGGCUCUCUCCUUCUGCCACCCCUGUGUCCCUGCUUCGGACAGCUUCUCUGGGGCCUGGCGCACAGGGCUGUGAGGACACGGUCUGGAGAGUGUGAGGCCGUGUGAGGACUGGUGCAGCCCGGCCUCCCGGCUGGUCCUGAAACACCAGCCCCUCAGCCUGUUUGCUGUCCG